AUGCAUCAGCAUCAGCAUCAUCCUCAUCAACAACAACAACAACAACAACAACAACAGCUACUCUAUCUACAAGCACAUCAACAACAACAACAAUCGCUGGCGCUUGCUUUCAGCACUGCCGCAGCCACCAGCAGCGUCGACACGCCCACCGCUUCAUACUACGCCUCCGGCAUGCCCCUACCACAGCCACACACCGAUGCACGCGCCUAUGCCAUGGCCUCCGUCGCUUUGGCGCUCGAGCAGCAGCAGCAGCAGCAGCAGCAGCAGCAGCAACACUCGAGUCGCGAUGCCACCGACGAGGAGGUGGAGCUCUAUGCCAGCUUCGAUUCAGCUCCAAGCACCAGUCGCGUCGCCGCCCAAAUGCAGGCAGCCAAGGAGGCGCGACGCAAGCGCUGGCAGGGCGAUGGCGCCAGCGGCAGCAGCGACGGUGGCUGCGCCAGUGGCAGCAGCGGCAGCGGUCGACGUUACAAAUAAACAACAACAACAACCACCAAUUGGCCAAACAGUCUGCAGUCGCUCAAUUGAGUGAGUAGUGCGCAAGUUUCAAGAUUCGGUUUAUCGAAUUUCGUCUGUUUUGAAUUUGUACAAAAUGUUUCAAUUUUUAAUGCUCAGUUAGUAUCAAUUUUUGUUGCCAACUCGCAGCCAAUUUCGGGCCUGUUACUCCAACUGUAAGUCCCUUGUAAAUAGAGUAUGUGUAAAAUAUUUUUAGUUUUCUCGAAACUUGUGUAAAAUAUUUCCAAGCAACUCCAAUUCGAACUCGAAACUUUUGUAAAAUAUUUCCAAGCAGGCGUUCGUCUAUAUAAAAUAGAACUAUUAUGCAAAUAACUAUAAAUAUAUAUAACUAUGCCUACUGGUUCUAUACGUAUGUAUGUAUGUGUGUACCCCCCUUCAAAAUUCAAAACACUAACAAACUGAACAACCAACUUACCAAAACGAACAGCAACAGUGCGACUCAAAAUAUUGAAAACAAACGCAUCCAAAUCGAAGCUACAACAUUGUUGACUUUUACAUUCACCCUGCUAGACGAAAAAACAAUUGUCCUUGUCUCCAACUAUAUAAACACAAUAUACAAAGCAUAUAUAUGUACAUAUAUAUAUAUAAAGUUUAAGUGUAUUAUAAGCAAACACACGCACACACUGAACAAAAUUGAGCAAACGCUUACUGAAGUAAAAUCAAAGACUUGACACUGAAACUUUUUUUUUGGCAAAGCAACACAACACAUACAAAUAUACAAUAUUGUAUAUAUAAACAGUAAGAAGUAAAUAACUUAACUAAAUUUAUAUAUAAUACGCAUAUAGUUACAUAUAUUUCCAUAUAUAUGUGUAAGUUGUAAUUCAUCAAAAGCUACACUCUGUGCUGUGCAUACCUAAAUAGGUGUAUAUGUGUGUGUGCUUAUAUAUGUACAUAUAUAUACUAUAUAGUUAUGCAAAAACUAUAAUAAGCCGCAUACCUAACCAGUAACCAAACUAAUACUCAUCAGCUAUUAACUUUCAACCCACUUAAACUUAUGCAUAUAAAUUAAUCGCAAUGCCCCAUAGUAACGUCCAUCAACAUACAUAUAUACAAACUAUAUAUCGUACUACAGUCACACAUUUCAAUACACUGCCGCACAAAGAAGUUCGAACACAAAUCGCAUUUAUUAUGAUUUUCUUUAGUUUCCAUUUUCCUUGUAGUAGAUCAAAACAUAACAAGUUGACAAUUAAAAAAUCCAGCAUUGCAAAAAUUCAGUGCGCAAAAAAAAAUUAAAAUAUAAAAACCAAAA